UCAUCACCAAUCUCCAAUCCCCAAUCCCAAAUCCCCAGUCUCCAACGAUUCGCAAUCAAUCGACUUUCCACGGCGAAUCUUUUCUUCUUCUAUUCUCUGUUCAUUCUCUUUCUAUUACUUUUCCCCAUUAUCUGAAGAUAUCUACUAUAUUUAUUAGAUACCUACUCAGCCCUUCAAAUCCCCCCAUCCGAUACAUAAUCUUCUUGCCUCAACCCCCGAAAGUUGUACAAUCAAUCGUCUUCGACCGCACGCCCGAAAAGCCGGAACGGAACGGAACGAAAGUAAUCCAGACCAGAGAACAAAUCCGCCCCAUAUUUGCCCACGAUGCCAGCCGCAGGGAUAAAAACCAUCAUCGCGCUGUCCUUCGUGCUCGCGAUCGGCUUCCUCCUCGUCAUCCUCUCGUGCGCGCUGUACAAGGUGUACUACCCGUUGCUUGUCGUCGCCACCUACGUGUUGGCGCCCAUACCCAACUGGAUCGCUGCCCGCGCCGCCAACCCUGAUGACUUCGUCGAGAGCUCCGGCAACGGCGUCCUGGACCUUGGCCGCUUCUGCACCGGAUUCAUGGUCGUUAUGGGAAUUGCCCUUCCCGCCGUCCUCGCACACUCGCAUCUCAUCAACAUACCCGCCAUGGUCAUGUCCAUCAUCGGAGGCCUGCUGAUCUACGGGACUAUCAUCAGUUUCGGCAUGUUCUUCCAGGAAGAGUCGGAGUUCUAAGCGAGUCCAUUCUUUUUCACCGUCUAGUCCAUUUGAACCGACCAUACUUAAACUACGAAAGAACAACAAAAAAACACCAAUCCGAAAAAGGGCACAAACACACACAUACACAACCAAUGCAUCACAGCGACGAUGUGAUCGGGUGCGACAUGUAAGAGACAGCGCAAGAAACUAGGUACGAAGGAUAGAGAAAGGGGGAGGGGAGGGAAGGGAAGGAGAACCCCCCUUGUGUAAUUGUUAUUAUAUGUGCGAGCGUACUAAUGCUAUGCCUACGCGAGAUUCAUCAACAGGAGUGAAGGAACAAACAAAGGCUUGGUCUGGUUUAGCAUAAGGCCCAUCAUCUUUUCCCGGGUUUCAUCGGAUUUAUUUUUCUCUCCAGGUAUCAUCCCAUUAUGUCUAAUUGAGGAGAAUCUUCAUUACACUACCUAUUAUUACGUGUGUGAAAAUCUUGACGGACAUAGCAAGCAAGCAAGCAAGCAAGCAUGGUCUCAAGCCUAACAAGAAGGAGAGAGAAAAUCUGUUGAAGUAGUUGUGUCUGACC